GGCCGGUCGGCCAUCGAGCAGUGAAUAACGUCUUUCCACGACUGCCGUAUCUCAACUGUGUAUUAAUACAGCAAUAGUCUACAUGCACAGAUUUUAUGUAUUCCACUCCUUCACGAACUUCCCGUGGCAUCAGAUGGCAGCUGCAGCACUUUUUUUGGCUGCGAAAGUCGAAGAACAACCUAGAAAAUUAGAGUACGUUAUUCGAGUAGCGAAUAUCUGCAAAAAUCCCAGAGAUAAAAGUUUUGAUAUUAAUUCUGAAAGAUAUAUAACCCAAUCACAAGACUUAGUUUUAAAUGAAAAUGUUCUACUUCAAACACUUGGCUUUGAUGUUGCCAUAGACCAUCCACAUACUUACGUUAUAAGGUGUUGUCAUUUAGUUAGAGCGAGUGAAGAUUUAGCACAAACUUCGUAUUUUAUGGCUAGUAAUAGGGAAGUUUAAUACGUAACUUAAAAUAUGUAUGACUUUAACAAUGUUUUUAUUUUUAGUUUAAACUUUACAACAAUGUGUAUCCAAUACAAGCCUACUGUAGUGGCAUGUUUUUGUAUAUUGUUAGCGUGUAAGUGGUCAAAUUGGAAAAUACCAUUAUCAAACGAGAAGAAGGAAUGGUACACUUAUGUUGACCAAACUGUAACUGCUGAACUUUUGCAGCAACUGACUAGUGAAUUUUUAGUUAUUUUUGAAAAUUGUGCUUCGAGAUUGAAGGAGAAAAUUAUGGCUAAACAAGAAAGUUCCAGUAGUCCAUUUGAACAAGAAAAGAAACCAGAAAAUAGUUCAAGAACUUUAGAAUUCAAAGGUGUUACCCCCAAGCAGCAACAGUUUAAUGGUAACCCAAAUGGAUCUUAUAAUAAACCCCAAGAAACUGAUGUUAAAAUAAAGACUGAACCUAUUCAUAUAAAAGAGGAAAUUCCUACUCCCCUUGUCAUCAAGCGACCUAGUUUAUUUUCACCUGAACAAACACCGCAGCAUCCUCAACUUCCAAUUAUCAAAACUGAACCUGCAUUACCAUCUCUAACCACUUUGACUGCAUUAUCUCCAAUCAAUUCUCCUCCAAGUGUACCAUGUACAAGAAAUAGAAAUUACUCUAGUGGGUCAGAACCAGAAACCAACCCCACCCUGAUAAGCAACCUUUUAAAAGAGGUUGCUACCACUUCCCACCUCCCAGGUGUAGCAACUACCUCAAUAAAACAAGAAGUUGUUCAGAAUACGACCGUUGCGAAUUCGUUACCUGAACAAACGAUAGAAAAAGAACACCGCCACAAGAGUAAAAAGAAGAAGGAAAAACACAGGCAUAAGGACAGGAGCAAAAGGGAAGAAAAGGAGAAGAAGAAAAAGCACAAGCACAAAGACCGGGAGAAGCACAAGCAUAGAGAAAGGAAGGCCGAGGCUCAACCGUUGCCGAUGAUGAGCGAGCCGAUUAAGAUCAUAAUUCAGAAGGACAAGAUUCAGCCGUUGAAUCAGCUCAAAAUUAAGAUUCCUAAAGAUAAAAUUAAGACUGAGGGUAUAGUGGAGCCAAUGACUUUGUCACAUGUUAGUUCAGGAGGUUUAAAAAUAAAAAUUCCUAAGGAUAAAAUCAACAACUGCAAUACAAGCAGUCUCAAUUCCUUGGACGUUUCAAUUAGUAACGGUAGCCGUAAAAGAGACAGAGAGCGAUCCUCUCCUACCAAUUGUACUCCGACUCCACCUUUGAAGAUUUCCAAAUCGAGUUACAAAGAAUUUAAACAGAAUGGCCGAUAUUCUUACAGUAAGUUCUGCCGAUUCUGGCCCCCAUGCGCGAAUUACCUUGCGCAAAAGCUCAAACAGUGUGCCAAUUCGCCCCUAUGAUUCGGACACUCUCCUUUAUGUAUUAUAUUUCUCUAUGGUCUGCCCACAAGACUUGUAUCAUCAAGCGAAAGCUUGCGAAAAAACUCAAACAAAACAGACCGAUUCCACAAUGGGUGAGGAUGAGGACUGGAAACACAAUCAGAUACAACGCCAAGAGGCGUCACUGGCGUAGAACUAAGCUCAAGCUCUGAGAAGCUUUAGUUUUUGAUUAAGGACUUUCAAUAAAAUAUUUUAAAAAAUUACCAAAAUUGUAGUUUCAAUUACUCCCGC